CUCCAUUUGACGUAGGCCUAUUUAUUAGGUAGGGCAGUAUGUGCUUUUGGACGUAGCCCUUGCUCUCUCUCCCCCACACCGUCGUUAUCUGUCUACAGAGGCGCAGAGAAGCAAAACAUGGUCAUCAUCAUCAUUACCAAGAUCAGCAGCAGCACGAUCAGCUCGAUCUCCGGCGCGCCCGAAGCCCCCGACCCGCCUUCCAAAAAUAAGCAGCUGCCGCCAUGCGCGCCAAGGAAGCGAAACAAGACGGGGGGUAUUUUUAGGGCCGUUCGCGUUGACCACGUGCGCCGACGGUAAACCGGGGAAGGCCGGUGCGCAGUAGCGGCGCCUCGGCGGCAUGACCCGGCGCCACAGCACGAGCACCACUACGGCGCGGACAAUCAUCGUCCUGCUGGGCUUUCUGCUCGGGGUCGCGUCCUCCCGUAGCACCAACGCGACCGCGCUCGAGAGGUGGGAAGCUCUGUUCGCGCGCUCCAUGCUCGGGAUCUCGGGGGACACCGAAUAUUUACUGGGCGUCAAGCGAGUGCGGAGGCUGUACUGCAACGUGGGCAUCGGGUUUCACCUGCAGGUGCUGCCAGACGGGAGGAUAAACGGUGUACAUGACGAGAACCCUUACAGUCUGAUAGAGAUCUCAGCGGUGGAGAGAGGAGUGGUGACUCUGUAUGGGAUAAAAAGUGAGCUGUUUGUCGCAAUGAACCAUCGGGGAAGGUUAUACGGAACGAAAGUCUUCCAGAAUGAGUGCAAGUUUAAAGAAAUGCUGCUUCCAAACAACUACAAUGCUUAUGAGUCUUCCAUGUAUAAGGGCUCCUAUAUUGCCCUUAGCAAACACGGCCGCCUGAAGAGAGGCUACAAGGCCACGCCGGCUAUGACUGUCACGCACUUCCUUCCUCGAAUAUGAGCGAAACUGGCAAUAACUCACUCAUUUUGCACAUGUUGGACAUUAUCACAGGUAACUUCUAUAUAAGUACAAGGCACGAAAUGAACUGCAAACAAAAGAUAGAGAACACUUA